UGUUUAUCAAUCAUCAAAUACAUCAAUCAUAAUAUCACUUACCUUCUACGUUCCUGGUGACAUCAUGCCUAGCCCUGCAACUACCAGCCCUUUUGGCUUCAUGGCUCAGUACCAAGCCAAGGGUCUUAUUACGGAUGAGGGCUUCAAAGCCUUCAGAGACGCGUACACGGGGCAUCUUCCAGACGUGAAAAUGUAUGUAGCAGAAGAAGACGGGAUGCAUGUCUUCUACUACAACGCUGGUCUGGAAACAGGCGGGGCCGUGUUCCGCACUAAUCGUGCAGACGCCGUGGCCUCUAUUCUGCAUAUGGUGCAAGAUAAUGGAGGGGAGAUUGAGAAGGUUUCAAUCGACGUCCUCGGUGCCCGCGCUGGAUUGGAAGUCCAGACCUUGAAUGAUUAUUUUCCUGUCUAUGCGGGCGCUGAUGCGACUGCACACCUCGUCGACUUGAAGGGCGGCCCAUGCUAUGGGACCCUUGGUGUCGGAGUAGAUACAGAACUUGGGUACAGAGACCAGUCAGUUGGCUGUAAAGUCCUGGGCUGUGGGAUGAGAGUCGGGAGGGUCUGUGAGAUUUCCGCAUUCGGGUCGAAGAUUGGGAUUGAUUGGGGAAAGCUCUUUUGACGCUGACCACCCGCUGAUAUCACUGUGCACUGGAUGUGUUUUUCAUGACAGAGUGUUCUUCGUAGCUUUUAGGGGAUGUUGAAAUCUAAGGUUUAGCGAUCAAGUAACUCGGCAAUGUAUAGCGCAUGUCGUCGUAAAGGUCGCGAGAUAGUAGGUGAUACUAGGUUGGAUACGGUGGAAAAUAGAGUAGUUAUAAUUCUGAGGAGAGGCAAUGAAGAAUAUGGAGAUCAUAGUUCAAAGGUUAAUGGAUCUCUCUGUCGUCUGGAUCUUUGAUUCUCCAGCCCCUUUCUCAGCUUUAAAAGUCUUCGCCCUGAAAUUUGUCAGGAGACAAGUCCCCUUUUAG